GUUAACUUCCAAACCCUGCACACAUUUAUCGAUGCACCUCUAUCUCCACACACACAUGCUCUUCUUAACCUCUACAUUCAAACGCAUGCACAUGCCUAUACAUACUAUAUAUAUGUAGUCACAUGUAUCCGAAUACACACCAACUGCCAACUUAUUAGACUUCUCCAAUCUUCUACCACAAAAAAUUCUUAAUACAGUACAUAAUGAUGUUGCCGUACAACGCACACAACAGUUACCAGCAUCAGUUUCCCUCGCCGGAGAUUGAAAUUCCGGCGAAGUGGAAGAUUUCAUACGGACACGAAGAGACUGCUCCACCUUGUCCUCGUUGUGCAUCUUCCAACACCAAGUUUUGUUAUUACAACAACUACAGCUUGUCUCAGCCUAGAUACUUCUGCAAAGGGUGCGGUCGUUACUGGACCAAAGGCGGCUCUCUGCGCAACAUUCCCGUCGGUGGAGGCUGUCGGAAGAGGAGCCGGAGCAGACGACAGAGCAGUCACAAAAGGUUUGGUCCGAACGAAAAUCUGCCAGAUGGUCUUAUCAGUGGGUCCCAGUCAAGCCCUGCUGGUUCUGAUAUUGAUUUGGCUGCAGUUUUCGCACAGUACGUGAAUGCUCCGAGUCCUUCAAGUACUGAUAAUACCACCGGAUCUGAUCAAGAUUCGCCAGUAACAACAACAACAACAACAAACACGCAUGCUUUAGAUUCUUUGAGCUGGGAUAUGUACCAAGAAACUGAUGCGAGUUUUGGAUUCUACGGGGAAUUCAACGAUCUGACCAACAGGAUACAAGAAGAUGAACGAGGUGUUGGUCACUUUCUCCAAGAAGAUCAAGAGAUCUUUGAGUUCCAAGGUUUACUCGAUGACAAAGAUAUUCAAGAGAUUCUGGAAUGCUCAUUCUCUGAGGAGCCAGAGCAGUUAAUUUCUCAGGAGAGCUUCAUGAUCAAUGGUGAUCACUGGAGUUCAACAGAUCUUACAACGUUCGGGGUUUGA